UUGACUCGCGUAGAGUUCAUGUAAAUAUUGUACUAUUUUUUUAUAACAAAAAAAAAUCUAACAUUUUUUUACCCCACAUAAAUGUAUAAGACAAACUAUAUAAAUCGUGAAAUAAACAAUUUUUCCUUCAAAGAUUUUGAGUGAAAAAAAUUGUGUUGUUAAACCAUAGUUAACCUCAAAAACCUUUUUGACGUUUCGAUUAUAAUGCGUGUUGUUUGUGAUAACAUGUGGUGACUUUUUGGGACAAUAAGUACGAUGCCCCCGCGACGAUUUUAUUAUGCGGUCCUUACGUGAUUUAAGGCCCAUCAUUUUACCUGCUUAAAAAAGGAUACACUAAAAAAUAAAUAAAAUAACUGUAACAACUUGGGGGGGAUUUAACGCGGAGACUUUUAAAUUUUCGCAAUUCUUGCUCUUUGAACGGUGAAUUUCGAAUUGAGAAAUUUCUUCUUCUGUAAUCAUGCGCUCGCACAAGGACACGAAGGAAAGUGGGUUUUUCGAAGGAGAUUCCGAUUCGGACGGUGGAAACAUGGGGAAAGCCCUCAAAAGAACUAAAGUGUUUACUAUUUCAAGUGAUUACAAAAGAAAAUUGGAUAGAACUGAAUAUACAGCUGAGGAAUUGGAAACACAUAUUAAACAAACUGAUUAUUCUAGAAAAGUUAAUUUGUCCGGUGUGGAAAAGGUUGGAAUGGCAAAUUUCGACCUGCUCAAGGUUCUCGGUACCGGAGCUUAUGGUAAAGUGUUCCUAGUUAGAAAAAGAGGUGGUUCUGAUCACGGCCGUCUUUAUGCAAUGAAAGUCUUAAAGAAGGCUACUAUAGUACAGAAGAAAAAGACAACAGAACAUACAAAAACAGAAAGACAAGUGCUCGAGGCCGUCCGAGAUAAUCCAUUUUUAGUUACUUUGCACUAUGCGUUCCAGACUGAUGCCAAAUUACACCUGAUAUUAGAUUACGUCGCCGGUGGUGAAUUGUUUACGCAUUUAUACCAAAGAGAUCAUUUUACGGAAGACGAAGUUCGAAUUUAUAUAGGAGAAAUUAUUUUGGCAUUGGAACAUCUUCAUAAGUUGGGGAUAAUUUAUAGAGAUAUCAAGUUGGAAAAUAUUUUAGUGGACGAAUCUGGUCAUAUUGUCUUGACUGAUUUUGGGUUAAGUAAGGAAUUAUCAAGAAAUUUAGAGCGGGCUUAUUCAUUUUGUGGCACAAUAGAGUACAUGGCACCGGAAGUGGUGAAGGGAGGAACUCAAGGACAUGAUAUUGCUGUAGAUUGGUGGUCGGUUGGAGUCUUAACUUACGAACUUCUAACAGGGGCUUCCCCGUUUACAGUAGAAGGUGAAAAGAACACCCAACAAGAAAUUUCAAGAAGAAUCUUAAAAACGACCCCGCCAAUACCAAGCUCUUAUUUAUCAGCUCUAGGAAAAGAAGUAGCCGACUUCAUAAGUAGACUUCUUGUCAGAGAUCCAAGACAAAGACUCGGCGGUGGAGGAGAGGAUGCCAAAGAACUGAAACGACAUCCCUUCUUCAGAUACAUGGACUGGAAAGCAUUGUCGAGAAAAGAAAUACCAGCACCGUUUAAACCAGUUAUUAGAUGUGAAUUGGACGUUUCAAAUUUUAGCGAGGAAUUCACUCAAAUGCAACCUACGGAUUCGCCGGCGGUUGUACCACCGAAUUAUGAUAAAAUUUUUAAAGGUUAUUCUUAUGUUGCUCCGUCAGUGCUUUUUACGCGUAAUGUUAUUUCGGACGAAUUAUUAAAACCAGUGGAACGACCGGACGUUACUUCCACUUUAGUACAGUGCCAAAUCAAUGACUCACCAUUUUUUCAACAAUACGAUAUUGAUUUAAACGAGGAAAUCUUGGGCGACGGUUCAUUCUCAGUUUGUAGACGAUGCGUAUGUAAGAAAACCGACAAAGAAUACGCUGUUAAAAUCGUUAGUAGGAAAACUGAUUGUACACAAGAGAUCAAUUUACUUCGAGCCUGUCAAGGGCAUGAUAACAUAGUCAAUUUACACGAUGUGAUCAUCGACGACGCCCAUACUUAUUUAAUAUUAGAAUUUUUAAGGGGCGGCGAACUUUUAGAUAGGAUAAGAAAAAAGUCGAAAUUUACCGAAUCCGAAGCGUCCGGUAUUUUACGAAAACUAGUUUCCGCCGUUAGCUUCAUGCAUACGCACGGAGUCGUCCAUAGAGAUCUCAAACCGGAAAAUUUAUUGUUCACGUCGAACGAUGAAAACGCCGAGAUAAAAGUCGUCGAUUUUGGUUUUGCUAGGCUUAAAAAAGAAAAAGAACCUAUGCACACACCUUGUUUUACUCUACAUUACGCGGCGCCGGAAGUUUUAAACGGUGAUCCGUCCGGAUAUGAUGAAACUUGCGAUUUAUGGAGUUUAGGGGUGAUCCUCUACACGAUGUUAUGCGGUAGAGCUCCUUUUCAUGCUCGAUCAAGAGAUGAUAGCGCCGCUGCCGUAAUGGCAAGAAUAAAAGGUGGCGAUUUCAGUUUUUCAUCGAGCGCUUGGAAUGGUGUUAGUGAAGAAGCAAAAGCUGUCGUUCUUGGAUUAUUAACGGUCAAUCCAAUGCAAAGAUUACGUAUGAUCGAUUUAAGAAAUAACUCUUGGGUACAAGGAAAUCAACGUUUCCCCCAAACACCACUAAUGACACCCGACGUUCUUGGAUCAAGUGGAUCAGCCGAAAGAAAUUUACAAACGACCUUUAACGCUUUUCAUCGAGCCCAAAAAGAAGGUUUUCGAUUGCAAGAUGUGUCUAGUGCUAAACUAGCACAAAGAAGACGUUUGAAAAAGAGCUCUUCGGAUAAUAAUAGUUCCUCUUCAAGUAUCGCAAGUGAUGGUUCCAUGAAGUCGACUCCAAGUACACCAAAUAAACCAAAGUCCGCCAUUAAAUCAAAUUCAAAAAGUUCUACUGAAAAUAACGUAUUCACAUUCGCGGAAGAGGAUGUACAAGACUUUAUUAGAUCAACAAGUACAAGUCCUGUUAAUAGUAGGUCUAAUGUAUCCAUUGAAGUUAAUGUACAACCUCUCGAAGAACAACAAGUUAAACGUAAGAGAUCAAGAAAAACCUAUGAAAAAACGCGGCAAAGUGAACGAAUUAGAAACCAACAAUUACGUAGACAACAAAGACAAGAAAUCGAUAUCGAUCCUUUAUGUCCACCUACACCCAACCGUAAAAGAAAAUUAAUUGAAUCCUCUAGCGAUUUUUUGGAAGAAUACCCACAAAGUAAAAUUAGAAAGAAAACAAUCGCGAGUAAAAGUCGCAAAAACAUUAAUCUCUGUUCUUAAGUAUAAUUAAGUAUUUAUUUUUAUUUUUUAUUAAUUUUUUUUGUUUAUUGUGACCUGUGAUCGCGUGUUACUGCUAUCAGAUUUAAGGAACCGUAUAAUUAUUAAAUUGUCAACGCUUAGUUGACUUAUUUCGUUAUAAUUAUUAAUUUUUCUUUGGUAAUCGGAUACCAAAUCUGAUAGUUGUUCAUGAUUGUGAUAAGAUUUUAAAAUGAACAUUUGAAUUUUUUUUAAUUUAAACCUAAUUUUGUUCUUGAAACGGUCACAGUUACCCUGUUGUUCCAUGUGAAGGCUGUUGAAACGUAUCUGCUCCCUACCCGGGAUAUUACUUAAAAAUAUUUUAAUAUUAUUACAGGGAUGUUUUCGAUUCCGCACUCAUCAUUUAAGAUGAAGAGAAUGUAAGAGAUACAAAGAGGAAAUAUAAUUUUUUAUGACUUAAAACAGCUUUUAACAAAGCUUUUGUUUAGAAUAUUUGAAAUUCGAUUAAAAAAAUUAAAUUAUUAAUAAGAUAAUAUUGUUGAAUUUAAAAAUUAUUAUCUUUAAAGCUAAAAGAUUAAAAUGUUAAAAUUUUAUAUUAAAAUUUCUUGAGUAAGUUGGAUUCAUGUAGAUAAAUAUCUGGACUACCGAAGCAAUAUUAAAAUAGUAAAGCUUAUUAUCUUUUUCUCAAAGAAAAGUAAAUGACAAUAAACUUAACAAUGCUUGAUGUUAAAUUAUAUUAAUAAAUACAAGAUUCAACAUUUUUGUAUCUACGCAGCUCCAUCAGUAAAAAACGCAGCGACUUGCACCAAAAAAUUAAGUAACUUUAAAUACACCAAAAUAAGACAUUCAAAACUGUACAUCUGCAUAAGCUGCAUUGAUGUGAUCAUCAACUAAUUGUCAAUGCAGCUCGGGUGCAAUCGUUAUUUGUGGAUUAAUUCCAUUUUUUCAGUGUGUAUAAUGAAUACUCUGAUUCCAUUUGACUCUAUACUACUGGUUCAUGAUUAACUCAUGCCUCUUUGAAUUCAUUAUGAGCUAUUAUCACUGCCUAAUAGUACAAUCAACGAUAAUCCCUUACUAUUCAUCGACAAAUUUUAGACCAUGAACAUAAAAUGUAAUGCAAGACAAAUCGUCGAAAUGCAAUCGUGGAAUUUCAAAUCAAAAUGUGUACAGGAAAACGAGGAAAAAAGUUUCUAAAUGAUCACUAAUUUAAUUUAAAACUAUUUAAUUUAAUUCGGCGUCUUCAUCUUCGCUCCAAAACCAAUUGGUUAUAUUUAUUUCAUCUUUAACUCCACAUCUAGUUCUACUUCUAUUGAAAUUAGGAUUAUAACUAAUAAACUGGUAUUUUUGUAAUUGUUACUUUUUUUGUUUCAAAAUCCCACUACGUUUUUAUUUAGAUUCUUCCAUCUCACUUACAGUGCAGCAUUUUUACUUUCUAGAUCUCUACUCAAUUUAAUAUAUUUACGAUUUCCGAUACAGUAUCUAUUUCGACCACACUUUCUUUGAUACACCUUAAAUAGAUUCUUUCGAUUUAGCAUGCAUAAUUAAUGUGCUCUAUAGCAUAGUGGUCAAAUUUUUUGCAGUAACACCACAACGCUGCUUUCUCUUUGAUUUAUGUUCUUCUUACUGUUCAUCCCUAAUAGGGAGCUGCAAUAUUUCAUCAAUUCUAACUUUUAUCAAUUUUCAAAGUGGUACUAGUAAUUGUUCAUACAACCAGGAUUCAAUCAAGUUUUUUGCUCCAAAUAUUUUCUUCGUCACAACCAGAGAUUUUCUAUAUUCAAACUGUACAUAAUCAGUAAAUUGUCACCAAACUCCCAGAAAAAAAUGCCAACCUAAAUAUGUAUAACUCAAUCCAAAGUUAAAGGCAUAAUAACGUUUUUCUAAUUUUUCGCGCUUUACAUCUUGUAGUGAUUAAAGAUUUUGUUAUUGCUCAUAACCUCUAUCAGCGUUUCCUUAUAAUCGAGAAAUAUGAUGUUAAACAUUACCACAGACUUAAAUCAGUUAUCAAUUAUAUAAUUAAGGUUCGAAAUGGGGUUAGUGGCUUGUCUACAGUAUUGAUAAUUACAGUUCAACCCAAUUCAACUUGUUUGAUUUGGACUUUCUGCAUACUCUUAAUUUACUCUGAUUAUAAAAAUCAGGAAGUUAAUCAAUAUAUUUUAAGAAUUAUCAGAUAUUUUGACCUCUUUAGCUAUUCGUUUUGAAUUAAGUAAGUUUCUUUAAGUAUCUUUCUGGAUUUCUGCCUCAAUUCUGUUUGACUAAAUUUGAGGAGUCUUCUUAUUUAUCCCUUGAAUCAAAUCAUCUUGCUAUACAGCACCCAUAUGUUAAAUUUUUUUCAGUAAGUCAUUUGUACAACGUAGAAUUUCAGCAAGACUACCUUGCAAUAUUUGAAUGAUAGACUUAGAGUGGCUUUAAUUUGAAAUCCGUUUGUAUUUUCACCUAAUAAAAGAGUUAAUUAAUCUUUCCCUACUUUAAUAUUUGGUGAUAUUUUUGGUUCAAAACUAAGUGUAAGAUUCUGAGUAAGACCAAAUAACGAACAAACAUUAAUACUAUUAGCAAAUUUGUUACUUAUCAUUAGCUUUAGUAAUGUGAUCAUCUAUAUUCUUCAUGCAUAGGUAGUUCAUAGUGCUUACAGCGUUUUUUUAGUUUUCUGGCCUUGUUUCCUUAAUUAUUUGUUUUAUUACCAUCAACGUGUUUAUCUUGCAAUCUCAAGUUUUGUAAUCUCUGACUGUAGUAUUUGAAUAAUGGUAGAGUUGGGUAUAUUUAAUCAAUGCUGUAUCAAACGAUAGAAGAAAGGACACCAAUUAUGACAUGAAGUUUUGUGAAAAACUUUCUGACAUAGUAUAAAGGCAUCUAUAUACCAUUUUCCAUCUAACUUUUCCUACAUAUGGUAUUGUAUUUACCAUAAACCAUGUGGGUGCUUCAUUCUACAUUAUAAAUUUUAUGCCGUUUAUAUUUAACUUUGACUAUACAUGUAUAAAAUGUAUGUGUGCAAAAUUUUCUUUCGUUCUAUUAUUGUUGUUCUGUCAUCAAAUUUUAGAAAGGGUGUUAGGAGUCCUACAAAGAACUUUUAACAUUUUUAUCUUCCACUCUUAGCUCAUUUUCUAAGUUUGCGUGAAUUUAUACCAGAUCAAAUCAUUGUUAGAGAUUUUGUCACCACAUUUGCCAUGAUCGCAUUCUUUAAUUUACGGACGUUAGAGAAAAAUUUGUCGAAAUUUCUUUGUUGUUGUUACAUUAUCCAUUAGCUUUUCUUGUUGCUUUACCUUCCUCUUCUAGUAUCAUGUCAAUCGACUUUAUCAAAUCAAAAUUACUAGAACAAUGCGUCUUUGUAUCCAUUAAUGAAUUGUCACAAAGAUUAAUGAACUUGGUCAUUUGAUCAUGCUCUGGCUUCGUCGACAAUGUCAUCUACUAUUUCAUCCAUUCCUAUAAAAUUUUGCUGCUAUGUAAGAUUUUGGUAGUACAGCUUUAAUCCCACUGUUAACAACAUUAAUUGUUCAUUGUCAAAUUUUCUCAAAUUAUUGCAAUGUACAAAACUCUUUUCUUUAAAUGAGCAAAAUAACUUCAAAGAAGAUAAAAUGUUGUUGUUACCAACCAGCUAUUUCUAAAAAUUUUCAACUUAUCUCAAUCCUAAUUCCAGAAUCCUAACUGAAUCGUCUAAAUUUUGAUAGCUCCACUUCAGUCGAACUGUUUAACACAAUAUAUUCCCUCUAUCUUUGAUAUUUCGGUUACAACAUUUAUUUGUGUUAACACUUCAUUAUUAUUGAAUGACGAUAACAUCAUAGCUCUUUUUUUCCUCUUUUCCUCUUUGCUCUUUGAAACUUUUAAUUCACUACUGUUAGCAGGAUUUUUUGUAGUUAUGUACUAUGGAAGUUUUCAACGUACUCAGACUCAAUUUGCAAAAACAAGCUUCUGCCGAUCAACAGCCAAACUACGAAGAUUAAGUUAUUUCAUUAUUGUUCAUUUUCUAGAAAUAUAUUCACAAAAGUCAUUGAUAACGAUUUGUGCAGUUUCCUCUCAAUCAAAAAUGUUACCAAAAAGUUCUCCAAAUUAAUUCUUCCUUUCAUUUCUUCAAAAUUAUGAUUUGACGAUAACUGACAGAUUUAGUUCGCGUUUAAGGUGCUAUAAUUAAAUUGUUUUUUUAAUGUUUGUGAUAAACUCGGCUUGUUCUUCCUUCUUGCUAAAGAGGUUAAAAGAUUAUUGUUAAAAUUUAUUAAAUAAAUAAAUCCAACUAUACUUAUACCCAUUACAAAAAUAUCUCGGUUAUUUUAAGAAAAAAGAUAAUAAAGAACUUUCCUUGUAUCUCUUACAAUUUCUUAAAUCCUAAUAAUGACACUGGAAUUUAAAACACCCUGUUCAUUUCAAAAGUAGUACACAACAUUCCGUACUUUUGGAAUAAUACAAUGAAUUCGAUCAAAAAGAAAAAA